GACAGUCAAGCAAACAGGAAAAAAGCGGUGUCUGUUGCAGAGCCAGAUAAACAACGACGCAGGACACACGCACGAAUUUAGUAGCAUGGAUAAGCUAAACGACUCUCUUAGUAUAAUAGCACAGGCGCUGGAUCGCUUCCGUGCCGAGGAGAUAUUCAUAUCGUUCAACGGCGGCAAAGACUGUACGGUGCUGCUAGACCUCAUACACAGAUCAAACCUGAAGGAUGCGAAACAGAUCAAAUGUAUCUACGUACGGCCCCAGAAUCCGUUCGGCGAGAUUGAAGAGUUUGUGGACCAGUGCCGGCAACACUAUGGCAUCACGAUAGCGACCGUUGAGGGUAGCAUAAAGGCAGCACUAGAGUUGAUCUGUCGGGAUGAUCCGGUGAUAAAAGCAUGCAUAAUGGGAUCACGACGGUCCGAUCCGUACUGUGAGCGGUUAGCAUCGUUUCAGGAAACGGAUCCUGGAUGGACACCGCUGAUGCGAAUCAAUCCACUACUAGAGUGGACCUGUGAAGACAUCUGGAACUACAUUCGGGAGCACAAUGUACCGUACUGUGCGCUAUAUGAUAGAGGCUACACUUCGAUCGGUGAUCGAACGAAUACAAUUCCAAACCCUCACUUGAGGGUUGAAGUGGACGGUGAAGAGGAAACGUACCUUCCGGCGUACUCGCUACAACAUGCGGACAAGUAUGAACGGGCAGGCAGACUUUAACAAGCC